GCUUUAGAGUUUAAAGUUUGAAGGCGUCCCACAACUCCAACCUCAGCUGCAAAACCAAAACCAAGAGCUAUACACAGAUGACAGAGCAUCAAAUCGGCCCUGUAAUGGUAAUGGGCAGCAGAAAAUCAAGCUUAUCACCCCAUUCCAUGCCUCCCCCAUUCUAACUGCUACCUGCUCUCCUUCCUUCCUCCAUAAGUGCGGGACGGGGCUGCCAUUACGAGUUUCGAGUUUCGACGACUGCAUUUAUGGCGAACGACGCCCUUUUCCGUUCCUCCCUGGUUUGCCUCGCCGUCAUUGUUGUGUUUGUUGGUGUCUGCACCCACUCCUUCAGGAAGAUGAUGGCCACCUAUUUUCUGGGUCUCUUUGCAAUCGCUGGAGUGGUUCUCCCUGACUGGGAUUUCUUCGAUCGCGAUUUUUCCAAGUGGUUCUCUCCCAUCUCUCUGGAGGAGAGGCGCUCUGUUUCUGCUCAGAGAAUUGGGUUAGCGAGGUAUAGGAUCUAUCCUCUUAGAUUGAUUGUUUACACCACAGUUUAUGGGUUUGCUCUGUACAAGUGGUGGAUGUAUGUAACGAAAUAGAGACUGGCUUCAUCUGUGCGAGUUAGAGCAAUACAAGAGGCUCUGUGAUACUUGCUCUAUUGAGAGUGGUUCCCGCUGUCGAUUUAUGGAACUUUGACUAGUGCACAAUUGCAUAUAAGAAGGCUAAGACAGCUGAAGAAAUGGCUGGGUAGUGUUUUCUCUGAUCCUGAAAUGCUGCACGUUGGUAAUCAGAUCCUGAGAGUGGAUUUUUCUUUUCCCCCCAAACCAAUAGAUCAGCAAUGUAUACUGUAUGUUUUCAUUUAUUCUAAGUGAUCAUUUAUCAUGUGAUGAACUGAUUUUUUU